AAGACUCCAGGAUUUGGGGUCUGCCUCAUCCCUUGUCACCGGGAGUCUGUUUUUCUGAGUGACUUGCCAGUUCUCCCCGGCUGGCCAUCCUCACAGUGGCUCUGACAGCAACCGGAGAGGCAGCUGAGGGAUCCUGGCUGAUCCGCAGUCCAGCCUCUUGCUUCGCACUGCUGCACCAUGAAAAUCCUGUUUAGUGACGUUCUGCUGCUCAGCCUGCUCUCCAGCGUGUUCAGCAGCUGUCCCAGGGACUGUCUCACCUGCCAGCAGAAGCUCCGCCUGGACCCAGACAGCUUCAACUUGAAGGUGUGCAUCCUCCAGUGUGAAGAAAAGGUCUUGCCCAGUCCUCUCUGGACUGGAUGUGCCAAAGUCAUGACCAGCGGCUCUGGGCAGCUCAGCCCUGCUGACCCAGAGCUCGUGUCGGCGGCUCUUUACCAGCCAAAAGCCUCGGAGAUGCAGCAUCUGAAGCGAAUGCCCCGGGUCAGGAGCUUGGUGCAAGCGACAGAGACCGAGCCCGGCACAGAUGAUGCCGAGCAGGUGGAGCAGAAGCAGCUGCAGAAGAGGUUUGGGGGCUUCACUGGGGCCCGGAAGUCAGCCCGGAAGUUGGCCAACCAGAAGCGGUUCAGUGAGUUUAUGAGGCAGUACCUGGUCCUGAGCAUGCAAUCGAGCCAGCGCCGGCGCACUCUGCACCAGAAUGGCAUCCAGGUGAUCCCCCGAACAGCAUGUGUCCACGCCCAGCCCUGCCGGCCGGGAGUCAGGAUUCCUUCUUCCCUGAGGCACUGAGUACCCACAGCACCUCCCUGCCCAGUCGUUACCCUCUUCCCCACGGCAUGUUUCACCACAACCCUGUUGCUACAUCAGAGUGUAUUUUUGUAACUCCUCCAGCUAACAUUUUAACGGCCCCACCUCCUCGGGCAUCUUCUGCCCUCUCGCAGGGCCAGGUGAGAGGAACAUGAAGUCAGACCUGGGGUUUUGCCUCGUCACUGCCAUAAUCUGUUUGUAAAAGAGCUGUUCUUUUUGACCGGUCGUUUGAACACAGCUCUCUCCAUUAAACUUCUAC